GCUAAAAACUUUGGAAACCCAAGAAAAAAUACUGGAAAACAUACAGCAAUGAACUGCGCCAACUGCGCGAAACCAACAGUCUCCAAGUUGAUCUAAGCCCUCUUUGGCCGCGUACUUCCUCACAGUCCGAGCCGAGCAGCGUGGUUUAAGGCCGCUCCAAGAACGCACCGAAAUCUGCUCCCCCCAAGCAGCGACAGUGUAAACAAAACGAUGACUCAUUUAAACAGUCAGGAACCACCCGUCUGACCGUACAUGGCCAUGUGACGUCACCAUUCGCGGUCUGCAUAGUCGCUCUGCCGCAAGCACAAUGGGCGGAGAGGAGCCCGCCGAGGACACCGGCGCGGGGGAGCCCGACACCAACACCGCGACAAACUCCAGCUCGAACGCCUCCGUAAAAGAGCCGGUAGCCCAGCAGUCGCAAUGUGACGCCAAUACCGAGCCUGAGCAAGAUCCCGAUGCCCCGAGCAACGGCCAGGACGAGACAGAACUCCGGGAGAAUGGCGACCAAAAGGUGUCCGAGCCACCCGGGGUUGAGCACUCUGAGCCGAUUGAGCACGGAGUGGCAGACCCCGAGCCAAGCGAAAGCCCAGCUGACCCCGAGACAGUCGAAGAGGACGCAACACCGCAGCUUGCGCAGGACGCGGCAGAUUCAAAGUCGAUCGAGGAUGACGCAGGACCCAUGCGGCUCCAGGACUCGGCAGUGACACAGCCACCUGGAGACGAGGAGGAGUCGGAGCCGCCUCCAGACGCCGCCGCUGUCGAUCGCCCGCAGGACGGUGACCAGCCUACCGACGACGCCGCUACCGCGGCUGAAUCGCACAGUGGUGGUGAGUCCGCCCCAGAUCCAGUAGCGCCCGAUAUGGAGCCCGAGCAGGACACGCCAGCGGCAGAGCCCGAGCAGAACACACUGGCAGCGGAGCCCGAGCCCGACACGCCGGCGGUAGAGCCCGAGCAGGACACGCCGGCGGCGGAGCAAGAACCGGACGCGCCGGCGGCGGAGCCUGAGCAGGGCACGCCAGCGGCAGAGCCCGAGCAGGACACGCCGGCGGCGGAGCAAGAGCCGGACACGCCGGCGGCAGAGCCCGAGCAGGACACGCCAGCAGCAGAGCCCGAGCAAGACACGUCGGCGGCAGAGCCCAAGUCGGACACGCCAGCGGCAGAGCCUAAGCCGGACACGCCAGCGGCAGAGCCCGACCAAGCCACGCCGGCGGCGGAGGAACCGACCGAUGCGGCAGAAGAGAGCUACGCCGUGCCGCCCGUCGCCCCGAUGACAGGGCCGACGCUCGAACUGCCUGUGCCCGAGCCGAGUGCGAGCCCGGCGCCGGCCGAGCUCGACGACGCGUUCAGCAUCGUCGUGCCGGGCGCGCCGGGCGACGCGGAUGCGGACGGGGGCGAGGGCGAGGGCGGAGCGAAUGAGGGUGCCACGGGCGAUGUCACAGUGACCGUGCCAGGCCCCAGCGACAGUCCAGCGUUCCGGCCGUACUCGGAGACGCCCGUAUAUAGCGAGCCCGGGUUGCCGGAGCCGCCACCGGAGACGCCGGCCCCGGCCCCGGCGCCGGCGCCGCCGCCACCGCCGGCGCGGGACGCACCCUGCUCGGGCGACUGGCACCGCAAGACGGUGGACGACCUGGUCGCCAUGGACGUGCCUGACGUACGCCUGCCGCGCUGCCUAGGCUGGGGUCCGUGCGAGAUUCGCGGCUGGCUUGGCCGGCUCGGCCUGUCGCAGUACGUGGACGCCCUGCUCAACAACAACAUCUGCGGCCGCCGACUUUGCCUGCUGACGGCGUCCAACCUGCCGCGCAUGGGCAUCACCGACUGGGAGCACAUCCUCACCAUCACCGGCUCCGUGCGCGAGCUGCUCUCCGUCGACGACUACGUGCUGUACGAGCAGACGUACGAGCGGCCGCCGCCUGGCCGCAUGACGCGCGCGCUGUACCUGCAGUGCGCGUGGCCCAGCGGCCAGCCGGCACCCAGCAGCCAGCGCUACGGCCAGUUCCUGCGGCGUCACGGCUUCCUGGACGUGCUGCUCGAAAUGACGAACCGACCGAUCGUGCAGCUACCGCAGAAGCCGGCCAGUUCGCUCUACCGCGAGAUCCCAGUCGCGUCCGUGCCGUCCGUACUGUCCAAGCCGUCGCAGAGCGACUCGAUGUAA